GAUUGCUAUGCUAUUCUUUUUCAUAUUUUUUUGUUUAAUUUGGGUGUUUAUUUUGUAACAAAUAUUAAAUGAAUUCUUGACUUUAUAAAAAUAAUAACACAAUGUCGAAAAGUACGAUUGACGGAAAAAUAAGGGUAUUGCAACAACGCCUUGAUAAUGAAAAGCGUAUAUGUGAGAGUGGCUACGGACAAGCUGGAAUUGCAGGAUCCAGAAAUGGAAACAACCGAAGACCAAGGCCUCCUACUACAUUCGCAUUUAAACGAGAUAUGCUUGUGUUCCCUCCGCAGUCACCACAAGCCACAGAAACAGAACACAGAAUGAGAGAAGUUUAUAAGGUCAGUGGGAAACUGAACGUAGAUAGCCAGGAGUAUCGCUCAAAUGUGAACGACUUACAUCUAUUGGGAGAUCUCGGUAGUGGCACCUGCGGUCAUGUUGUCAAGAUGCUGCACAAGCCAUCCGGCGCUGUCAUCGCUGUCAAACAAAUGCGCCGGUCAGGCAACUCUGAGGACACGAAACGCAUUUUGAUGGACCUGGACGUGGUGGUGCGCUCCCACGACUGUCCGUACAUAGUGCGGUGUCUUGGUUGCUUCGUGACCGACUCGGACGUGUGGAUAUGCAUGGAACUGAUGGAGACGUGCUUCGACAAAUUGCUCAAGCGGCUCGCCGCACCCAUACCAGAGGCUAUAUUAGGAAAAGUUACAGUGGCGACUGUGAACGCGUUGUCGUACCUGAAAGAUACACACGGUGUGAUCCACCGGGACGUGAAGCCGAGUAAUAUUUUACUGGACGCGCGCGGGAACGUAAAGCUCUGCGACUUCGGCAUCAGCGGCCGUCUCGUCGAUUCCAAGGCCAAGACGAGGAGUGCUGGCUGUGCUGCAUAUUUGGCUCCAGAACGAAUAGACCCGCCGGACCCGUCGCGGCCAGACUACGACAUCCGAGCGGACGUCUGGUCGUUGGGUAUAUCGCUCGUCGAGUUAGCCACCGGAGUGUUCCCGUAUAGAAAUUGCCAGAAUGACUUCGAAGUUCUCUCAAAAGUGAUUACGGACGACCCACCACAGUUACCUGAUGAUAGUGAUUUCACACCGGAAUUCAAAUCAUUCGUCUCACAAUGCCUCACGAAAAACUACAGGUAUCGACCUAAAUACGCAAAGUUACUGGAGCACCCGUUCGUGGUGAAGUCCGCCAAGAGCACUGUGUCGGUGGAGUCGUGGUACGCGUCACUGUCGGCGGCGGAAGCGGGGCCCCCCUCGCCGCCCGCGCCCCCCACGCCGCUCCGCGCCGCCCCCGCCUCCGCCUCCGCCCCCGCCUCCGCCCCCGCCCCCGCACCACUUAACGGCCUGGAUCCGCAGCCGCCCACUACACCGCAGCCCGUUCGCAACUUCGUCACCACUUCGCAAUACUGGCCUCCUGAACAGAUCACACCCACACCACAAAGGGCGCGGUGGGGCGUGGCGGGGAUGGCGGCGGGGGCGGGGCCGGGCGCGGGGGGCGCGGGGGGCUCGCAGCCCACCAGCCUCGAGGACUACAGCGGAUACUCGCCCUAUGCGCGUCGCAGGACCAUAGAGACGAGUGCGUCGCCGCCGCCGCCGCCCGUGCGCCGCCCGUCCGCCGACAGUCGCUGGCGGCCCGCGGCCUCCGCCACAUCCCUCACAUCCGCCUCGCCUGCCAGUUCUGGCAACACAAGUCCCAUAGUGUUACAACGGUUUUACCACCAAAGUCAACAGAGGCGGUCUAGAGUGGACUUGCACUCCACACCUAGGCACAGAAGUUUAAGCAGAGAACACAGUACGGGCAGGUCGCCGGAGCCCCCACCGCGGACCAGUAGGCAACACCCCAUGUUAGGACAUGAAGCAAAUGGCGAUGAUCCACCACCACUGCACGAUCGGCUGCAUCCGCCCUCACCACUACUGCUCAAUGAUAGGUUAUCAGAGGGUCGCAGUCAAAGCCUGACACGUGCGGAGAUACGCAAUGGGUUCCGUACGGACGUGGCGCCGCUUCCACCCAGCAAACUUCACCACGACGAUCACGGCUGGCUGCACUCGCUCGCGGGGCUGCUCAAGCGGCGGCUCAGCGGGUAUGUCAACUGGUCUCACGUUGCAGCCAGGCGGGACCCGCUCCACCACCCGCAUCACUUGCAGCACAGGUGGGGCCACAGUAACAGUGAGACGCGCAGCGUGCCCGCGUCUCCGCUGCCGCCGCGCGCACCGCCGCCGCGCCCGCACCACUAGCGCUGCCCCCGCGCCCCGCCCGCCUCGUGCGCGCCUCGCCCGUCACACUCGCCAUACUCACCAAACCCGCCACACCAAGUUCUGGCGGUAGCAUUAUGAAAACAUCGCAUCCGACAUUACGGUUCGAUCUUCGAAUGUACUCCGCCUGUAUAAUAUAUUUAUCUGAUGUGUGUGCGGUGGAUAUUGCAUAAAAUACUCCGCAUUUGCCCAGUCUCAAACGACUUGUCGGGUACAGUAAAAACGGACUCUUUAUUAAAAAAUAGACUGUACGUAUAUUCACAUUUAAGGCUGACUAUCGCAUAACGUUAUCUUUGUACUGACUAGACCGAAUGCUUCGAUUCUGUAGGAAUCUGGGAAGCGGGGUCUUUUGGCCUACUUUGUGUAUAGAGCGGGUAAUCGAUAUAGGCAAAAACUACGACCCGCUAAUUUAAAAAAUCAGCUUAUUUAAUAUAAAUUGGCUGAUAAUUAUUAAUCUGCGGACCCGAUUUAGCGCACAAUCGACAAGGUUUAUUAAUU